CAGGGAUUACUGACCAUGGAACGUUGGAACAGCCUGGGAGAUCUCCCUUCAGCCUGAGAACCAUUGCCGACGAGAAUGGGCUUGAAUUGAUUUUUCUUGCGAAAGCGAAAAGUUCUCCAGGAAUAUAUACAGACCUUGAUCCCUUCUUCUUCGAACAAGUAUCAAGUGCUUCCAUCUGUAAAAGAAAAGCAAUGAUGACAGGGACUGCUCCACUGUUGCCAGUUAUAUUGGAAAUUAAUACCAGCCACUAGUUACUGUUAGACUCUUCCCCGAAGGUGUGUUGCUAUCUUCUCGGACAUGGCCCCCGUCGGGCUGUUGGCUGCCAUGGUCCUACUGAGCCAGUUGGGCAGGGUGUGUGGGGACUGUUGGCUGAUCGAAGGGGAGAAGGGCUACGUCUGGCUGGCCAUCUGCAGUCAGAAUCAGCCCCCUUACGAGUCCAUACCGCAACACAUCAACAGCACGGUGCUGGACCUGCGCCUGAACGAGAACAAGUUGAAGGUUCUCCUCUACAGCUCGCUCAGCCGCUUCGGCAAUCUGACCGACCUGAACCUGACCAAGAACGAGAUCAGCUACGUGGAAGACGGGGCCUUCCUUGUCCAGUCCAACCUGCGGGUUCUGCAGCUGGGCUACAACAAACUGACCAACCUGACCGAGAACAUGUUCCGUGGCCUCACCAGGCUGGAGUACAUGUACGUCCAACACAACCUGAUCGAGAGCAUCUCGGUCAACAGCUUCUGGGAGUGUCCCAACCUCAUCAGCAUCGAUCUGUCGGCCAACAAGCUGGCUAAAGUCGAGGGCAGCACAUUCACCAGCCUGAGUGGCCUGAUGGUGUGCGAGCUGGCUGGCAACCCUUUCAACUGCUCCUGCGAGCUGGUUGGCUUUCUCAACUGGCUGGACGAGUUUAAUAAUGUUACCAGGACCUACGAUCGCCUUCAGUGCGAGAGUCCGCCGGAGUACGCCGGCUAUCCGCUCCUGAGCCCCCGGCCAACAAGCCACCACAACGCCAUCACCCUCCUAGCCUCGUCCUGCAGGAACGGAGUGAAGAUCGUCCCCUUCUCCACGCCCGUGGCUUCCAAGGACCCCGAGACCUACUCUUCGGGGAUCAACCCGGCAGAGUUCUCCUCGACGGAGCCCAUCACCGCUUUCACCCUGGACAUUACCAACAGCCCCACCAUCAAGCUCCACCAUGUCACCAUCACCGGGGCCACCUUGGUGGUCCAAAUCCCAUCACCCUACAGCAGGAUGUACAUCCUGGUGCAGUACAACAACAGCUAUGUCUCGGACGUGACAAAUCUCCGCAACAGGAAGGAAUACAUCAAGCUGGAGAAGCUGAAGGCGCUGACCGACUACACCUUCUGCGUGGCUUCCAUCCAGAAGUCCCAGAGGUUCAACCACACGUGCUUGACCUUCGCGACCAGGGGACGAAUGAUCGCCCAGACCCCCAACUCCUCCACCACCACCCACUACAUCAUGACCAUCCUGGGCUGCUUGUUCGGCAUGGUCAUCGUCCUGGGGGUGGUCUACUACUGCCUGAGGAAGCGGAGGAUCAGGGAGGAGAAGCAGAAGUCCAUCAACGUCAAGAAGACCAUCCUGGAGAUGAGGUAUGGGCCCGAGUCGGAGACGAGCAGCAUGAUCCACCAGAUGCACAAGUACCAGAAGCAGCCGGUCUCCGUGUCCAGGAUGUCCUCGCUGCCGUCUGUGUCCGGGGAGAAGGGUCAGUUCAAGCCGGUUGAUCUCAAUGAGACCCCCAAAGCCACUAAGGGCAACUACAUCGAGGUACGCACGGCUGAGUCCCUGGAGCGCAAGGAAGACGAGGCCAAGCAGACGGACAACGAGCAAGGCUCCACGGCCGAGAUCUCCACCAUCGCCCAGGAGGUGGACAAGGUCAACCAGAUCAUCAACAAUUGCAUCGACGCGCUCAAACUAGACUCCGCCGCCUUCAUCGGCACCGACUCCGAGGUGUCCAUCGACCGGCAGCUCACCCCGAGCAGCUCGUCCACUCAGCUGGAGAGGCCGGCGUUGCUGUCCCCAGCCUACAAGGACGGUGGUGGCUACCCGCUCCAGAGGCAGAGCAGCGCCGACACCGCCCGCAAGCGCUGCAGCAUCUCGUCCAGCAGCUCCGGCAAGAGCGCACGGGUCUUCAGCCUGGACAUCCCCGACCUCCCGUCCAAAGCCGAGGCCAAGUACAUCGAGAAGAGCGCGGCGGCCCCCACCUCCCUCCGGCGGCUCCCCUCGGCGGCAGCGGCAGCGGCCGAGAUCCAGCAUUUGGAGGUUCAGCAAAGUUACCACUGCAGCGAACACCGCCACUCGGUCCCCGCCUUAUACUACGAAGAACACGGGGACUCCUUAAGCCAGAGGUCCACGCUGUUAAAGCCACUCUCCCGGUCCAAAAGAGACUCCGCUUACUCCCAGUUAUCUCCGAGGCACCACUUCUCGGGGUAUUCUUCCAGCCCGGAGUACUCGUCGGAAAGCACUCACAAGAUUUGGGAGAGGUUCCGCCCCUAUAGGAAGCACCCUCGGGAGGAGAUCUAUCUGGCCGCUGGACACGCCUUGCGGAAAAAAGUCCAGUUCGCCAAAGACGAAGACUUACACGAUAUUUUAGAUUAUUGGAAAGGGGUUUCCGCUCAACAGAAAAUGUGACCUUGGCUCAAGACUGUUUUCAUUAGCUCACAGCAAACAAAACACAAACUCAUGGGCUCUUAUCAUUGGUGUCAUGUUUUUGGGCUUUCUUCAUUUCUUUUUAG